AUGGCCCACGCAGCGCCAGCUGGCUAUGGCACCACACUGCUGGUCGUGAUUUGGGUUGAGGCCUCCAUGGCCUUUCUGCUGUUGCUCGCUCGCGUUUACACGACAUGGCGGAUUACUCGACACAUUCGCAGUGAUCUGUUCUUGAGUCUGCUGACAUUUGUCAUCGCCGUCGCAAGUGUAGUGUUUCUCACAAUCAGCAUCGACUACGGACUCGGUAUGCAUGUAGAUGAACUCCUGCCUGAACAGAUUACUCCGGCCAUUAAAUGGAGUUGGGCCAACCAGGCAUUGGGGAUCUUUGCAAUCGCCCUAGGCAAAUUGGCCAUCGUCGCCUUUCUACAACAAAUACACGGUCCUGAGCACCGCGGACGAGUCAUCAUGCUAUGGGGCGUGGCGAUCAGCAAUCUACUGAUAAACUCGAUAACAAUCGGUAUGAUCUACACUCAAUGCUCUCCUCGAGAGAAACUAUGGGAAUACGAGCUCCCAGGAACUUGCGAUGGGCGCCUCCGAAACCAAACCGUGGCGUAUUUCCAAGGAAGCUGGUCAGCAAUGUGUGAUCUCGCGCUCGCCUUAUAUCCCGUGGUCUUCUUCUGGAAUGUGCGACUCACCACGCGCAUCAAAGUUGGUCUCUGCCUGUUGAUGGGACUAGGCGUCAUCUGCUGUGCUUGCUCGAUCGUCAAGACCACAUAUUUACGAGUGCUGUCUCAAACCGAAGACGUAACAUAUUACAUUGCACAGCUGGUGACUUGGAACGAAACAGAAAAAUGGCUUGUGUUAAUAGUCGGCUGUAUCCCACCAAUUCGCCCAUUGCUAAUGAUCAUAUUCCAAAAAAUGGUCAUCACCGCGCGCUCCCACUCUGGACCGUCAGACAAAUACAAGGAGACGGAGCUAACUUCCUACUCUGCAUCCUCCAGAGUAGCCGUUCGCUCACGAUCCGACACGGUACGACUUCCGCUGUCCACAAAAGACAGCGAAGAUAACAUGCUCGAAGAUGGAGCAAUUAUGAGAACCACCGAUAUCAGUUUGAGUUACGAGGCCGCAGAAGCACCCCAGGCGCAACAUGCACCAAGUGACACUCGGCUGGUGAUUCCCCACGAAAGAAUAUAG